UACCAAACAAACCACACAAAACAUAACGUCAAAGCAUUUGUCAUCUGUUUCUUUCUCCGAUAAAGAUCACACAUCACAUUCCCCACACGUUUAAUUUAACCUCAAAACUCAAACAAACAGCAUCUUCUUCAUUUUUGUUUAUAAAGCUAUAAACUUUACAAACCAAGAUCCAGAACCCAACUCAGAAAAAGCCUCAGGAAGUGAUAGAAAGAUAAAGAUAAGGCAAAGAUGUGCUGUGGGACUAGGAUAUGUAUGCUGUGUACGUGUCUCAUACUUGUGGUGAUAGUUAUUGGGAUGCUGUUCGGGUUUGGAGUGUUCAAGAAUGGCUUCCACAAGUUGAAGGACACUGUGACUCUCUGUGAUCCUAAUGUCAAUGGAAGUCUGUGUGGAACUAAAAGGCCCUUCUUGGGUUACACAGCUCCUCCACCUUUCUGAUUCUGUGAUGUAAUGUUUUUUUUUUUUUUUUUUACCAUUUACUAGGAUUCUUUUUUUGUGUUUUCUCUUCAAAUUCUCAUCUGGGUAUUUGGAUUUUUAGGAAUUACAGGAUUGUUUCUUUGGAUUUGUGUCGGUUUCAUAAUGCCUAUUUCUUUCUUUAAUACCUCCUUAAUUCUAUUGUAUGUACAGGAUUUGUUAAGCCCUGAAUCAUGAUCUGUGUGUUAUGGAUUCAUUGUGUUUUUCUUUUUGAAAUUUGUUUCCCAAUAUCAUAUUAAUUGAUUUUUUUAUAACCACUUGUUUUAUUUA